AUGGCGGCCAUCACAGACCUCUCCUGUAUGUACCGCUGGUUCAAGAACUGCAAUCUGGUUCGCAACCUCUCGGACAAGUAUGUCUUCAUCACAGGCUGUGACUCGGGCUUCGGGAACCUGCUGGCCAGGCAGCUGGUUAACAGGGGCAUGCGAGUUCUUGCUGCCUGCUACACGGAGGAGGGGGCCCAGAAGCUUCAGCAGGAGACGUCCUACCAGCUCCAGACCACCCUCCUGGAUGUCACCAAGACGGAGAGCAUCCGGGCGGCGGGCCAGUGGGUGAGGGACCAAGUGGGCGAGCAAGGCCUUUGGGCUUUGGUCAAUAAUGCUGGUGUGGGCCUGCCCAGCGGUCCCAAUGAAUGGCUGACCAAGGAGGACUUUGUGAAGGUCAUCAAUGUGAACCUGGUGGGACUGAUUGAAGUGACUCUCCAGAUGCUGCCCAUGAUCAAGAAAGCUCGGGGAAGAGUUGUCAACAUGUCCAGCUCCGGUGGCAUAGUGGCUCUCAUCGGUGGUGGCUACUGCGUCUCCAAGUUCGGUGUUGAGGCCUUCUCUGACAGCAUCAGGCGUGAGAUGCAUUACUUUGGAGUGAAGGUCAGCAUCAUCGAGCCAGGAAACUACCGGACGAGCAUUCUGGGCAGGGAAGGUGUGGAGCUGCGCAUGCGGAAGCUGUGGGAACGGCUGCCUCAGGAGACCCGGGACAGCUACGGAGAGGAUUACUUUCUUAUCUACACCCACAAGUUAAAAAACAUGAUGCAGUUGGCAGAGCCAAGAAUUGAUCAAGUCACCAACAGCAUGGAGCAUGCAGUGGUUUCCCGGAGUCCCCGCAUUCGCUACAACCCUGGCUUGGACGUCAAGCUCCUCUACCUCCCUUUGUCUAAGUUGCCCACUCCUGUGACAGAUUUUAUCCUGAGCCGGUAUCUUCCACGGCCAGCAGACAGUGUUUGA